AUGUCUGGACAUGUUGUCAAAUCUCCAGAUACAAAGAAAGAUGCAAAUCCGAAAUCACCAAUAGCUCCUCCAUGUCAUCCAAGACGUUUCACAAGAAAACCCAAGACAAAUUUUAAACAAUACGAAGAUUUAACAACAAGAAAGAUUAAACAAGCAGAAUUACGAAAUGAAAUACAACAACUACAAGAUGAAAUCAACGAUUUAUAUGCUAGUUUUGAUCAAAUGAAAGAAAACGAACAAGAAGAAUACGAAAAGACUUAUGUGUUCAAUUCAAAGUUCUAUCCUGAUAAAAACAAAGUUAAUACAGAAGAUAAUGACUAUUUCUCUAAAAUUCUUUGUCUUGAAGACGAACAUUUUGAAUUGACUCAACAGAUUUCCUUUUUUACAACAUUCUAUUCAGAUAAAAAUAUUAAGAAGUAG